UCGAAGUAUUGCCACAGCCAAGCUCACAGCCAAAGUCGAGGGACAGUAACUUUCGCCAAACCGCGCCAGCUCCUUCGACAUCGGAAAGAUUGGCACAAAAACAUUCAAGCCCACAGCCGCAGCAAGUCAUCCCGCCCCAACAAGGCCUAUCGACGCAGCCUCAACAAAUCCAUGCACCCCAACAGCAGCAAUUCCACGUUCCCCAACAGCAGCCUUUCAACGUACCUCAACCGCAAUUUCAUGUACCACCACAGCAGCAGUUCUAUGUACCACCCCAACAGCAGUUCCAUGUACCGUCGUCGCAGCAAUAUCACGUACCUCAUUCGCAGCACUUCAACGUGCCUCAACAGUACCACGUACCACAAAAAUACCCUGCGCAGCAAGUCUCGGGUUUGCAACCCCAGCAAAAACCUGGCGUACACCAAGAGCUAUCGAAAAAAAACCGCAGUCAACGGAUCUGCGCCUGCUGCCAAAGAAGAGACUACUAAUAAAUGUAUUUCGUCUUCGUUACAAGAGGACUUGGAGGUGAGCGAUAGCGAUGACGAGGUUGUAGAAAUAAAGAACACAUCUACUGAUUCUGCAAAGUCUCCAGCAAAUAAAACCAGUGACUCUUCAGCUAAUUUAUCUGCAACUAGUAGCAAUAUGGAUGUACCACUGCCAGCGGCAGCUUCAAAUUCCUCCAGUUCUGAGAGCUGUGAUAGUGAUUCAGAUGACAGUAGCUCAGAAUCAAAUGAUUCUGAUUCAAGUGCUUCAAGUGAACAUUCAGAUGCAGAUACCCCAUCUAAGAUGUGGGGACUGUCUAAUUUCUUUGAUGAAACAAGAAGAAAUCAUUCCCCAGCAUUUUUACCAUUAGAUACUAGUACAAAUAGCAGCACAGCUGUAAAAGAAGAACCAAUACUGGCACCUGUUGAUGAAAGAGAAUCCUUUACUCUGGAUGAUAACUCGAUGAAUGGAAUUCUUCGAGGCCCUGUCGCAGAUCCAAUUACUGGUUUCUUAGAGCUUGAUACACCUGUGAUUAGAAAUGAAAUAUUAAGUCCCAUACCAUCACCUAUGCACCCAGUUGCCCCUUCUGCACCUCCUGUUCGUGGGCCAAGAACUCCCCCCUCUCCAUCAUAUCCUGUUAAAGAAGAUGUGACAGAGACUAGCGAAAAUCAAAACCCCACUGAAAGUAAAAAAGAAGAAUCUUCAAUAUCUGUAGAAUUAUCUCCAUUUGUUUCCCCGUUGCCACCACCACCAUUGCAAUCUUCUCAACCUAGCAAACAUUUUGAUGCCCAGGAAAAUAGAUCUGAUUCAGUAGAUGAAAAAUGUAAACCACAGAAUGAAAAAAGUAAAAAUCAAAUACGUACAAGUAAGCCUAAGUUGGAUUCAUGUAGUUCUAAAGUCUCGUCUUCUCACAUGGUGCAUUCUUUUGAUCAAAACGAAAGUGAACCCAGUGCCUCUAAAGAGUUGCAAGAUGCCUCUAAGGAUGAAGUGAAAAAUGAUGCAGUUAUGACUGUAUCAAGCUCUGUGCCUUCUGAAAAAUCAGACUCUGCCCAUGAAAAUUAUACCAUUAAAACCAGGCAAAAACAUUCUACACCCAAUGUAAAUACCAAGAAAAACAAAUCUGUCAUUUCUGAUAAUAGUGAAAAUGGUCAGAAAGUUAGCAUUUCAAGUGUAAAAACUUCAACCAAUAAACCUAAACAUCCUACAAGAUCAUGUCGUGUGCCUGGUGAAACAAAACAAAAUACAAAAUCUACUCCACCUGUAAGUUCCGCAAAACAAGAGCCAAAGGAGGAGCCUAAAAGGCGUUCAAAGCCGGAUGUAAAAACAAAGCAGGAUGUUGAAAAUUCUUCUAAAAUCAAAGAAACAGCAAAAAGUGCCAAUUUAGUCGAGACUGCAGCGAAAAAUACAUCCAAAGUUAAAAAAGCUCCAAAAAGCUCACCCAAACAGCCAGUAGAGUUAAAGAAAUCUGAGAUUAAGCGAAAGAAGAAAAAAUUUGCUAUAGAAAACUUUUUACAAAGUACUUCUCCUGAAAAAUCGCCUAUUUAUGAUGCUAAAAAAGACUCACUUGAUAUUAGAAGUCCUCCAGAAUUCCAAGGUCUUUCUUCUAAAAGUCCGAGUAGACCCGCUGAAGGUUCUGAGAAAGGUAAAGAAAAGCUUCGUCGUUCUGUACGAUGUAGUGAAAGAGCUUCCAAUACCUCUCAAUCAGAAUCCUCUGGGCAGAACUCGGGAAAUAAAAAAAGAAAUUCCAAAAAACCUACAAAAUCAAAAUCUACCAUCGAAAAUCUUCCUAUUCAUUUGGAGCCUCCACCUCAGUUGUUGUCUCCCAUUCCACAAGAUUCAUUAUUUCCUACCAUCACAUCAGAAUGUGCCAUUCCAUUUAAGAUCAUGGUUUGCAUUCCUUUAGAUAAAAUCACCAGACUUCCUUUGGCAGCACAAGUUUCCAAUGUUGAAAACAAACAAGUUUCUAAACCUCGUACAUCUGUUCCACAAAAUGUUGAUGAGGAUUCAAAGUCUCAAUCAAAAGAUAUGCUUGAAAAAGCAACAAAAAGUGUCAAUAAGCGUACUCAACCAAAAGACUUUAAAGAUAAACCUAGGACAGCUCUUCCAUCUAAAAAUAACAAAAAUAAUAAAAUUGUUUCGUCAAAAACAGAGAAAAGUUCUAAGUCGAGUGAUUCAAUGCCAUUACCUAAAGUGAAACCCACUUCCAGUGUAAAUGUUAAAAGUAGUAUAAAAAGUUCAUCAGAUAAUGUUCUUUGUGAUAAUGUUGAUAAACUUCCUAAAAAAAGAAAAACUGAAGAAAAAGAAAAGCAACUGUCAAAGAAGCCAAAAGUUUCUUCGCGAACAUUGGAGGAGAAAAGAACAAAAGAACAUGCUUCAACACUGAAAAAUGACUUGGCAGCCAAUCAAACAGAAAACUCAGCUAAGUCUAAAGCAUUAGAGAGAUGUGAUAGUGCCAGUAGUUUGAGCUCUUUAUGUAGUCAACAGAGUCAGAGAAGUUCAAAGUCUGCAAAAGGAAAAAUUAAAGAUUCUUCAGCUAAUGCAUCAGACGGAAAAAGAGUGAAGACAUUUACUCCUUUGUUGUCUUCAAAAGAAAUUAAGCAAGAAAAAGAAGAUAAGCCAAAAGUGCACAUUAAAAAAGAGUCUGAAUUGUUACUUCUGGGAAAAAUAAACAGAAGUAUAGAGAUAAAAAUAUCAAUCAAAGACACAGAACCAAAAGAAAAAUGUGAACUGUUUUGGAAUGACAGUCUUAAUUCAUCUAGUCAGUAUUGCCAUUGGGAGGAGGCUGAGGACUCCAAGGGUCAAAUUACAAGUCAGAGCUUGAUAGACCGCAUUAACAGGGACAUCAAGUUAGACUGGGACCAUUUUAGUUCAGAAAUGCAUAAGGAAUUAAAAGAAGCAACAAAUCUGACGAAACAUAACAGCCAAACUCCAAUCAUGCCUAUGGACUACUAUUGGACCGAAGGGCAAAAACAGAGACAGUUGGCUGAUAAAGAAAAAGAUCCACUGGUUCAAGUUCUUAAGUACUUUGAAGCAACUGUGCUUUUUAUUCUUACUAGUCAACAGAGAGAAGAAUAUUCAAAAGAUCCUGAUUCAGUGUAUCAGUUUUACAUGGAAACCUUAAAAUUUUCUGCCAUAAUUACUCAAAGUGUUCGAAAACUUCAAUCAUGUCCUGGAAGUUCAGAGUUCAAGUUGCUUAUUCUUUGUUUGAAAUGCCAAUCCUUGCUUUAUGUAAAAUUAUAUAACUUAAAAAUCAAAGAAAUCAAGGAAAAGUUGAAAGGAGUGACAGAUUUCUUUCAUCAUCACUGUCCCAAUAUCACAGUAAAUUCAUUUCGAAAUUCCUCUCAUCCAUCACCUCAUCAGUCAAGGUUGACAAAUCUCACAAGUGUUCCUUCACCUCAUUCACCCACUCCUUCACCUGCAAGCAGUGUGACGUCUCAAACAAGUGGCUACAGCAGCAGUGAUAUCAAUGGUAACCAUGCUAGAAGUAAUCAUCUUUCACAGCUCGUGAAUGUUCCUCAGAGCAUGUUGGAUAUGAUUUGCCGGCAGCACAACCAUUUAUAUAAUCUUCAUCUUGGUCAUGACUUGUGGGAACAGGCAGAUAUGUACAUGACCCGGAGUAAUUUACGAGAAUUUUUCAAGGAAGUUGCUGACCAGUCUGAACCUCUGACUUUGCAUAGCAGUAUAAAAGAACUUGUAAAUUACAUUCAAAAGGGAUUAUCGUUAGUAAAAAAAUAUCCUCGCUAGCAUUCCCAUGUUUUUUCAUUUUCAAAUGUUGGGGACAAAACAACCUGGUUUUAAAUGGUUGAAAUCUGUUAAAUUUAAUGAUUGUGGCAGUGUUGUUGGUUUUAAUGGUGCAUCUUAUAGAUUAGUUCUCUUUCCUAUGCCAUAUUAGUUAUACCCCUGCAAAAUUAUAAAUGAAGUAUAAGCUUGUGUAAUUAAAAUUGUAAAACUAAAAGCU